AUGCCGAUCGAUCCUCCUCCAAUCCUGCGGCUCGUCGAGAUCCAGCCUAAUGGGCAACAAGUCACAGAGUAUGCUAUCGGCGUCGAUGCCAUUCCUGUCGAGUUGACUAGCGGCCUGGUCUGGGGAGAACAGGUUAUCCACUUUAUCGUCCAUGCCGAGCUGUGGUCCAAGGACGAGCGGUUCCAGCAGACACAUGUGCUGCGGCCCCUCGAUCGCUCUCUCGACGAUCUCGAAGACCAGCACGACAUUGACGGCGACUGUGCCGAAGCCGAGCCCAACAGCUAUGCGAACGCCGGAGGGCUUGUCUACGGCGGUAAAUCCUACGACACCUCCGAGUCUCCCUCGGGGUCGGUGCACCACGACAGCACAUAUGGAUGCUAUCCCAGCAUCAUCGUCACUCCUGCCGCCACAGAGCCCCCAAGCACAAUCCAUCCCCAGCCGCCCCAUCACUAUCACCACCACCAACAUCACCACCGGCACCACCAGGAGCAACACCUGCUGUAUGGGUCUGGCGCGAUGCCGCCGCAUCUGCCGUCGUCGACCUCGAAAAUAAGCCCGAUCCCGACGCUCUUUGGCAGCUUAGUGGCACACAGCCAGUUCCUGACAUCGCCGAACGGAGGCCGAAGUAUAUUCUUCAUCUUCAACUCGAUAUCGGUGCGCAUCCAAGGGGAGUUCAAGCUCAAGUUCAAUCUGGUGGAUCUGGGACGUGCUCUGACUGGCGGAAGUGCAGCCGUCAUCUCGACCAUUUUCUCGGACACCUUCAUCUCGUAUCCGUGGAAAAAGUACCCUGGGAUAUCAGACUCAAGGCUCAAGGCCCAAGGCUCAAGGCGACCCGACUACUUUAGCCAUUCCAUACAAUAG